UAUUUAGUUAAUAAUUAGGUAAACAACAACAACAACAAAAAAUAUUUAUGUAAUCAAUGGAUAAAAAAGAACAUGUUGAUGAACCAACUGGCAGUUUGACAAAAAUUGUUAAAAAGUUAGGUCACAAUCUACUUGAAGUUCGUGUUAGAUCUUUUCAAAAUAUUCUAUCAAAGCUACAAAAUGGUAUCAUUACAAUUGACGAUUUAUUAUAUGAGAACACGUUAUACAUUUAUCUUUUGCAGUUUUUAAACAAAAAUGAAAAUGUUUCAGAAACAAUCAAAUUGCUGGUUGAAUUAGCAAAGUUUCCUUUUGGAGCUGAGAAAUUAAUUGAAAUCGGUGGUGUUGAAUUUUUAACACAUUUUCGUCAUGACAAACAACACAAGGGCAAAGAUUAUUUACUAGAUAUUGACAAUCUUUUGGAUAAAUUGUUUUAUUUGCAUGUCAAUGUUAUAAGCAGUAGUGACAACAAUCAACAGUUAGAUAUUCAAAAUGCAAAUAAUAAAAUUAACAAUAGCAUCAAGUAUGCAGAUGUGCAAUCUACCAAAGAAGAUCAUUACAUUGAGACUUUCUCUACUUUUUCUUCUUUUCAUAAUAUUUCUAAUACCUUACCAAACACAGAAGGUUUAUCACCUUGUAAGAUGCAGACAGACUUUCAAGUUGAAAUAGCAGAAAAGACUUAUGGUUCAUUACCAACAACAUUCCAAUUUUUAUCUCUUUCUUCGGGCGACAGGCAAAUACUUCACGCAACUGAUAAUAGACUCAAAAGUGCUUCCCCAACCAUUAUAAAGCAGUCGUGUGAUUUUUUCCAAGAGGUUAUUUUGUUUGAUUUUCCUGCUGAGGUUUUUCUUCAAAGACCAGCCAUUUAUAGGACAUUUCUUUCUUUAUUAUCAAUUUAUAAAACUCGUGACAUUAAUGUUACACUCAAUGUUCUGCUAUGUUUCACAAAACUAUCUGAACAUCUUAAGGUCAGGUUGUUAAAUAACAGCAAUGGUGAUUUAUGGCAAAAAGAACGAAGUAAUGUGUUUGGACAAACAGUUAGUAUUUCCACCAGCCAAUCUGAUUCUUCAAACCAAGGAAGCUCAUCAGAUACAGUAAAAUCAAAUAUAGAUCAACAGGAGUUGUAUGAGAAUCUUGAAAGUGAAGAUAAUUUUGAAUCUAAUAAUUUUACUGAAGCAUUGAUGCAAGAACAAAUAUCUGUUGCUGAGUUUGCACUUACCUUGUUGCUUGUCAUCACAGAUUUAUUAAAACUGCAUAUAGAAAGUACCAAACUGUUUAUUAAAAUAUGUAAACUUUUCAAAACACUUUCUGAUCUUUUGGUUUUAGACAACUUUUUUAAUAUUUGGAGUUUAGAAGAUUCAAGCAGUAAACGAAAGGCUUAUGAUUUUAUAACAUGUUUGCACAAGUUUGAAGCUUUUAUAGAAAUAAAUUCACAUAUCGACGUCACUAUGGAUAUGAAUCUUCAUGCAAAAUUCUUGGUAGCCAUAAAACUAAUGCUUCGCUUUAUUCAUUCAGGUGUGCCUGAUGAAAAAGUUUAUGAAGUAAUGACAGAUAAUUUGGUGAUAUUAUGUCAUAAAGUACUCACUAAAGUUACAUACCUAAAUUCUUUACCAUUACUCAGAAAAAAUCUAGUAAAAAUUCUGCUGUGCUCAGAUCAAAAUUUUAAGAAAAACUACAUUAACUCUGUGCAGCUUUUUGAUUCAAUGAAAUAUUUAGAUACUUUUCAACAGCUACUUCAACAAAAGAUUUACACUGAAAGACUAUUUGAAGUUAUAUUCCUUAUUUUACCUGGAUUGUUUCUUCAUGCAAAAAAAAGUUUUAUUGAAGAAGUUGUAAAUCUUUGCAGUAUUUCUUAUUUAAAAAAAAACUUGAAAAAAAAAUCAGUUAAAUUGUUUAGUUUAAUGAUCAAUUACAAAGAUGAAACUGUCAGAGAGAUAUUAUAUACAUCAACCAUAGCAGUUUUAAAGAAAUCAAUGUCUGUUUCUUUGGUGUGUGAACCUCUUUCAACAUUGUAUCAACAUGCUAUGUUUCUUAUUCGCAAAAAUGUAUUUUCAAUAAUCAUCUGUGAAGAUAUUCACCAUGACAACCAAAAGAUAUCAGCACUUGCAACUUGUGUCCUUCACACCAUUUUAUCCAGCUCUCUUUGCAUGUCUGCAAAAAUGUUUAAAAAAUUAAUUGAAAUAAUCUCAAAUUUUCUUGUUUAUUUACAAGCAAAACUUAAUACCGCUGAUAAAGCUGUUACUAACCUUAUUCUUUCAUUAUUCAACCAGCAGAAAGGAAUAAUCAAUAUUUUUGGAGAAAGAUCCUAUUUGUCAAAAAAAGAUUGUGUCAAGGGUGCAUUGAGAUUAAUGUAUUUAAAUUCAUUGAAAAUGAGAAGAAAAGGAUUCUUACUGAUGAUGGAUUACUUGAAAGACUUUUUAAAAGAACUUUCUAUUCAAUUGAAUAUUUCUGUGAACGUUUCCCAAGAAAACAUGUUUGUAUUUGAGGCCCAGGACUGCUCUUUUCUAAACCAUAAUCAGUAUAAAAAUAUUACCUCUGUUGAUGUUUUGAGAUUGUGGGAAAUAUUUUCUGUUGAGACAGUUACAGAUGACAUUAGGUAUUCUGCUGCUGAGCAAUUAGCAAUCAUGCUGGAAGACCACACUCUACAUGAAUCUAUUGUACCAAAAAAUGCUUCCAUAUUCAUUGUAGAUGAGAUUCAAAAAUGUUUGUACAACAAAAAUGAAAAUCCUGUGCCAGAAAAGCAUGUUGCUUCAUUGUUUCGUAUUCUCCGCAAUUUACUUGCAGCAAGUAAAACUAUUCAACAUAAUUUAUCAUCUGAUCUACGCAUCUAUUUUUAUCUCUUUCAUUAUGCAACCUUGUCUGAAAAAAACAAAAACAUCCGAUUUGAAAUAUCAUUUGUGCUUAUGUAUCUCUUAUUUGAAGAAAUAUUGCCACCCAAUAAUGUGUCAGAAAAAACAAUGCUUUCUGAGUCUAUCGCUAAAAACUAUCAACUCCCCACGAAGUUUCAGAUUGCCUUUAAAGAUAAGUAUAAAGAGAAUGCAUGGGUUGAAGAAGGAGAUUAUAAAUUUUUUCUCAAAGUGUCUUGUUUUCAUUUUUGCACAUGGUACUCAAAGGAUGAUGACUUCAACAAUCAAUUUAAACUUUCUUCAAAAGAAAAGGAGUUACAAAAGUUGUUUUCCUUUAAAUCUUAUGUUGAACGGUUUGCUCCAUUAUUGAGUGGUUUUGAUCGCAAGUUAUUCAUAGAAAGUGUGAACCAUAUAAAAUUACUGUUGUAUGUUUUGGAUGAACCACAAAAUAAUAAAGAAAAUUACAAAACAAAAAACCAACAAAAUCCAAGUGAAGUUGGAAACUAUCAUGUUAGAAACUGCAAUAUAAAUAUUGACAAUAAUCAGGGUAUAUCACAUGCUGAGAGUAUGGGUUUACCAUUUCCUUAUAAUCCUGAUAUACCUUAUCCUGAUAAUAUUUUACACAUGAUUAAUUCAAUGUUAUUAGACUUAUUUGGAAAAGCUCAAAAGCAUAGAGCAAUCAUCACGAGCCCGCAAGCCACAGAUGACAACCUGUAUUUUUUUUCCAUACUUUCUUUGUUUACAGUUGUAGCAGAACUUAAAUUGUUUAAUUUUUUUGAUAGUUUAACUACUUUUUUGCACUCAUGUAACACAAGUGAUAUUAUUAUUGGAAAAACAAUAAUAGGGGACAAAGUACAACAUAAAAAGACUGUACAAGAAAUCAUUGUAACAAUUUUAAAGAUCUUUGUUUACCAAUCACAACAUUCUGGUUUUCCGUUUAGCCAAACAAAGUUAUUGUCCACACAGUUAAGUUCUGUCUGCACCUUAAUUGUUUCAUUAUACAAUGUUUUACAGAUAUCUGGCUCAGAGUCUCAUUACGACUUGCCCCUAAUUGAAAAUGUAUUGGCAUUAUUGGCUCAACUUUUAGCUUAUCAAAACUGGAGUUUAGAGAUUAAAAAUGGAGAAUCAGUGCGCUCAGAUCUAUUUGAUUGGAUGAUAAAUAUUAUAAAAUCUUUCCAAGUGGAUAGAAUUGGUGCAGCUGCAUCAUUCAUGGGCAAAGGUAUUGUCAAAGCAUCUAUAGUAUGUUUGUGCCACUUAGUUCAUGAAAUAAAAACUUCAGGUACAUUAUGUAGUUUAACAAACUUGGCCACAUCAAAAAAUGGUAAAAAUUCUAUAGGACUUCAAUGGAUGUCUUCAUUGCUUUUGGAUCGCUCAAUUGAGGUUCGUUGGGGUGGUUGGCUUCUUACAACAGAACUUUUAAAUGAAAACUGUAAAAUUAUAGUCAGUGAGUUUCAAAAUCAACCUGGUGGUAUAUGGGCUGCUACUAUUGAGGGCAUUUUGAAUUCAGAAGAAGCUUUUGUUGUUAGAGCACAGGCUUGUGCAUUGUUGUGCCUGUUAUUCAAACAACUAUCUAUUGUAAGUGAGGAUGAUUGCUUAUGGGACAGUAUUGUGGUCCAAGAUACAAUCACAAAGAAAAAGAUCACUGGAUCUGCUGCAUUCUUGUUAUUGUUUGAUCAUUUUAAUUUAUACAAUAAGAUAUCCAAAAUGUUUGCUAAUGACUUUUUAUAUGUAUCAUGCGAUGGAGUUGUAGAUGUAUCUACAUCUAUUACACAAAAUGAUACUUUGCAAACUUUAGACAGUAAAUAUUCAGAAAAUUUAGAAGUUGUAGGAUAUUCUAGUUCUCAGUCAGGUUCCAAUGAAUGUUUAUCAAAUAAAUCCAAUGAAUGUUUAUUGAAUAAAUUUUUUGAUGGCUGUAAUUCUAAAGUUGUAAACAAAUCUUCAGAAACGGAGUAUUCAAAGAAGAUAUUCAAAUCUUUGCUUAUGAAGAAAUCAGUUAUUGAUGUUACUUCUGGUUUAGUGUUGUUAUCAUCUGAAGAUAUCAUAAAUAAAAUGAUCGAUCAAAAUGUUUUGGUGGCUGUUUUUAGUAAUUGGAAUCCCAUAGAAUUUAUUACUGAAUCUAAAUUUUGUCAAGAACCCAUACCUAAAAAUGUAGCAAAAAAUUUAGUGCAUCAUUUAAAGAUUGCUUUGGCUAAUGCAGCUCUUGUUAAUGCUCUGCUAUCGUGUAACUUUUUAAAAACAAAAAAUAGUCUAUUUAAAAAAAUAUUGGUGGAUUUCAGAACAGUUGACAAAUUUUUUUUGCUUUUUUCAUUGUCUUAUCGUCAGAUUUGGGAGUUAGGGGAUAUUUACAUGACUGUAUGGCAUGAUGUUUGUAUAACACUUGGAUAUUUGUUGGUCAGAUUUAAAGAAAUAUUAUCUUCAUUGUAUCUAGCUGAAAAUCUUCAAUCACUUUGUGGAGCUUUUCUAUUUUUGGUUGGCAUGAAGACUAAGACAAAAUUAAACAAAAAAUGUACAGACAAUUUAAUGAAGCUUUUAGUGAUCAUUUUUCAACUAAAUGAAGAAAGUUUAGUUUUUCUAGACAUCAAACCAAUAAUGAUUGAAUUAGUUGAUAUGGUCAAUGUUAUACAGAUUUUUACUUUGCCAAGCCAAAACUUAUGUAUUGGGGAAUAUUUAUGCUGUAUUUUGUUACAUCUCUAUAAUCGUUCAUUGUGCAGUUUUCAACAUUUGGUUAAAACAGCUUUAAGCUCUUUGUUUAAUGUCAGCAAAAAAGCAAAGGUACAAGCCCUUAAUGAAGGUUUUGCAGAGAUUUUUAUUGAAGAAAUUAAGGAUGUACUCAUAAAGAUAAAUAUUUGUUCAAUACGAGAUGAACAAAAAGUUGAUGAAAAAAAAGUAGAUUUGUUUAAUCAGCUUGUUGAUUGCUUACAUAUUGUACGCAACUUUGCAGUUCACGCACACAAUGUAAAAAGUGCUUUAAUAGCUGGAGGUAUAAUAACUCAUCUGUUCAAUGUAAGAAUCUGGUCUGAAUUUCAUCCACCUUUAGUUGAUGCUUUGUUGUUACUACUUUUGGUUUUAUCGUGUCGAUGUCAAACAGCUCAAGCUGUUCUUUGUUCUCAAACAAGUUUGGUGGGUAAACAUGCAUUAGACGAGUCAUCAUUUAUACACUAUAACUUAAAAAUGAUGGAGAAGCUUCAUAAAGAUGUUCUUUUAACUAACACUAAACUAAUCGGUCGUAUUGGAAUCUGUUUUGGCAUUUUAACAAAUACAAUAAAUCUUCCAGAGUGUAGAAGCAUUCUAUUUAAAUCUGGUUUGUUUGGUUUAUUUAUAAAUGUAUAUACUGCAAGUUCUUCAGGAAACAUUCAUCAGCGAAAUGUUGCAAACACUCUUCUUUCUGAUUGGCUAAAGUUUAUUACAUCUUUGUCAUUUUUUCAAGAUGGUGCUAAAGUAAUUUGGAAAGUUCCAGGUAUUCUUCCGUUGCUUAUCACCAUAAUAAAUGGAUUGUGCAUUAAACGGCGAGACUAUGGGCUAUUGAUUCUACGAAAUGUUGUGUAUGUCCCUGCUAUUAAACAGUCACUUAGUUCGAAUUUUGAAUUAUUAUCAAUGGUGUUAGAAAAGUUAAGAUGUCAGUCGCUGAAAACCAAAGUUAUUGUCAGUGGGUUUUUUUGGAUUCUUGUUUGUGGCAACCGAAAGGCAAUGAACUUCUUAAAAAAGUCAAAUUUUAAAAACUUUUUGUUGGCACUGAAAGAUGACAUUGACUCAGGUAGAACUUUAGCAGCUGAUGGUGAUCUCCGAUGUCAUGAUGUUUUAAAAUACUCGCUAGCAAAAACGUUGGAGUUGUUAGGAUGAUUUUUAAAGAACGUAUUGGAAAUGAUUUGGUUUGUUUCAAAGAUUAGUCUACUUAAUUGAUGAAACUCUUUAAAAUAAUUAUUUACUUUUGGAAUGUUUUUAUUCCUAAUUGAUUUAUUAUUUUUAUUUUUAAAAAUGUGAAAUUUAUUAGAUUGUAAAACUAUUUAUUGCCGAUGAUUUUUUAUUUGUUUUUUUCUGAGUUGCUUUAGUUAAUUAAUAAAGGUAACGCUUAAAUACUUUUCCAAUUAUACGUUUUUAAGCAUGUCAUUUAUUUUAAGAUUUUGUCAUGGAAAUUUCUUAAGCGUGUUCUAAAGAU